CGGGCGCGGUGCCCACCCGGCGGAGCGGCCCGCGGAGCGCAUGGAGCGGCGGUGGCUGCCCCUGGCCCUGCUGGGGCUCGGGCUGUGCUGGGCGGCGGCGGCCGAGCGGCACACGGUGUUCUGGAACAGCUCCAACCCCCGGUUCCUGUGGAGCGAUUACACCGUGGAGGUGCGGCUCAACGACUACUUGGACAUCAUCUGCCCACACUACGAGGAGGGGAGCGUGGACCCCCACGCCAUGGAGCGCUACACCCUGUACCUGGUGGAGCCCGAGGAGUACGAGGCCUGCAAGCCCCGUUCCAAGGAGCAGAUCCGUUGGGAAUGCAACAAACCCAGCGCCCUGCACGGCCCUGAGAAGUUCUCCGAGAAGUUCCAGCGCUUCACCCCCUUCACGCUGGGCAAGGAGUUCAAGGAGGGGCACAGUUACUACUACAUCUCCAAGCCCAUUCACCACCAUGGUGAAGCGUGCCUGAAGCUGAAGGUGAUGGUGGCUGGCAAAGGCACUCAGGCACCGCUGGUCCCUGCCUCUACCCAGAAGGGGAGGAUCCAGGCAGAUGAUGCGGCUGCGCACGUGCUGAGGAGCGUGGGGCAGAACUCAGCCAUGAGGAGCAGCAGCCCCUUCACUUUCAUCAGCCUCCUCGUGCCCCUCCUGGUGCCGCAGGGGCUGUGACUGCUCCGCCGGGCCUGGAUGGACCAAGGCUAUGGCCGCUGGGGAUGGAGCUGGGAUGCAGCGGAGGGGGGACCCCUGUGGUCCUCGUGUGUGCCCCGGGGCCGCCUGCCCUGUGCCCGUCUGGGUGAGGAGAGGAAGGGUUUGUCAGUAUUAGCGGGCUGGAGGGCCCGAAGCCAAAGCUGAGCAGCCAAAGCCGAGCAGCCAAAGCCCUCGGACCCCCCCGGCUCCCCCGGCCCUCGCAGGACGUCGAGGCUGAGCCGGAGCCCGGGGCUGGAGCUGUCCCGGGCAGGAGGGGAGCCGGGGGCUGGUUCCCCUGGGCCGGGACUGGCGCUCACCGUGGGGGGGGCUCCACCGUGUCCUGCCGGCGGGGCCACGGUGCCUCAGUGUCCCCGGCGCUGGGAGCCUGGAUGUGUGAGCAGCAGAGCGGGGCUGUGCGAGCAUCCCCCUUCCCCAUCCUUCAUCCCCCCUUCCCUUUUACAUUCCCCGGUGCUGGAGGGCCCCCCCAGCGCCACCCAGAGUGGGUGCUUUGUGCACCCCCAUUUGUACAGCUUUCUAACGUGUUUUUAUACAAUUGUCUUGAAUAAAUAACCAAGACCA